AUGUCGGCGACCUUUGGAAUUCUUUCGAAUUUUAACCAUGAACAGCAAGACUGGAUCACAUACAAAAGUAGACUGCUGCAGUGGUUCAUAGCAAAUGAAAUUAAUGAUUCGUCCGACAAAGAAGGAGUGAAAAGACGCGCCAUCUUACUUAGUGCACUCUCAGAGAGCUCCUAUCAACUUGCAAGCAACUUAUUGUUACCAGAUUCAGUGGAUGCGGUUUCAUAUAAAAGGAUUUUGGUGGCGUUAGAUAGCCAUUUUACACCGAAGAGAUGUGGAUUCGCUGAACGACACCAUUUUUACAUGGCAGUGCAACGGGCUGGAGAAACGCCAGCGCAAUGGGCAGCACGCUUACGAGGUUUAGCGGCGCACUGCUCUUUCAAAAAUCUGGAAGAUGUGUUGCUAGAUAAAUUCGUUAUAGGAAUGGGUCCUGGUCCGGAACGGGAAAAGCUUUUCGCCACAGGGAUCGCUGAACUGUCAUUGGUAAAGGCAGUGGAUCUGGCGGAGAGCGUGCGUUGCGCACGCGCCGCGGCGGCUAACUCGUCAGCGGGGACCACGUUGGAACCAGUUUUCAAAAUUGAAAACAAACGCAAACCCAGUAACGGAAAUUCAAUAGAAAAUGUGCAGUGUAAAGUGUGUGGUAGGAAAAAUCAUAAGUCAAAUGAGUGUCGGUUCGUAAAUUACAAGUGCAAUAAGUGUCAAGUUAAAGGUCACCUCCGCAAAAUGUGUAAACGCGUAAACUAUGUUGAAUCACGUGAAGUGAGCGAGGGUGAGGACGAUGGUGAGUUAUUCAAUAUUCGUUCACAUGCCGGGGCGCCUAUGACACAAAUAGUGUCUAUUAACGGAAUUAACCUAAAAUUUGAGAUUGACAGUGGUUCCACAGUUACGGCGAUAUCAAAUAAAACAUAUAAAUUACAUUUCAGUGCCGUUUCGCUAUUGCCAUGUAAAAAAAAAUUAAUUAGUUAUACCGGCAAUAUAAUAAACAGUUUAGGCAUUGCACGAUUGCCAGUGACGUACUCAGGUGAAACCAAAAUUCUCGAUGUGUAUGUAAUUGAUAAUGGCGGACCACCACUACUCGGGCGAGAUUUUAUUUCCGUGUUUAACUUGGAACUAACUCCUGUUCAUUUUUGUAAUCAUGUACCUUCUGAUGAUUAUGAGUUGCAGUCACUUCUUAAACAACACGCCAAGGUAUUUUCAGAUCAAUUAGGUUGCUUUAAUAAAUACAAAAUAAAAUUGUCAUUGAAAGAGGGCGCAAGACCCGUUUUCUUCAAAGCACGACCUGUUGCUUUUGCACUUAGAGAAAAAAUCGAACAGGAAUUAGAUAGAUUAUGUAACAUUGGCGUCAUCGAACCGGUGGAAUGUUCUGAAUUCGCGUCACCAAUUGUGCCUGUAUUAAAACAUGACGGCUCAGUUCGAAUCUGUGCCGAUUACUCGCAAAGUAUUAAUAAACAGUUGGUACUCGAAAAAUACCCCUUACCAACCGUCCAGGAAUUAUUUACAAGGUUACACGGGGGGGUACAAUUUUCUAAGCUCGACAUGUCGUCUGCUUAUAAUCAGUUGCAAAUAAUUGAUGAUGAAAAUAUCACUUGCAUUAAUACUCAUAAAGGCUUAUUUAAAUUUAAAAGAUUAGUGUUUGGCUUAUCCUCGGCGCCAGCCAUUUUUCAAAGGGCAAUGGAGAGUAUUUUAGGGUUGGAAGGAGUGCUAUGUUUCCUAGACGACAUUUUAAUAUCUGGGAGGAAUAGAAUUGAACACUUGGAGAAGUUGAAAAAAGUGUUACAAAUUCUACUGGAUGCUGGGUUAACGUUACGUAAGGAAAAGUGCGAGUUUUUCAAAAAUGAAAUUACAUAUCUAGGCUACGUUAUUGAUAGGAAUGGUAUUAGGAAAUCAUCGGACAAAGUAAAAGCUAUAGUUGAGGCUCCAAGACCGAAAAACUUGAGUCAAUUACAGUCGUUUUUAGGUUUAAUUAAUUAUUAUCGUAGUUUCGUACCGAACGCGGCUAACAUUCUCGCGCCAUUAUACGAUCUUUUGAAGAAAAGUACUAAGUGGUCAUGGACUACUGACCAUGAAGAGGCUUUUUGUAAAAUUAAAAAUAUUUUGGCGUCCGAUAAAGUGUUGACUCAUUUUGAUAUUAAUGCUAAAAUUAUAUUAACAGUCGAUGCCUCUCCAAAUGGCUUAGGGGCAAUUUUGUCCCAAGUGGGGUCCGAUGGGUUGGAAAGACCUAUCUCAUUUGCUUCUAGAACACUAACUUCGCCUGAAAAAAAAUAUUCACAAAUACAAAAAGAAGCAACGGCGAUUAUAUUUGGCAUAAAAAGAUUUCAUCAGUAUUUGUAUGCUAGGUCUCAGCCAUUCACUUUGAGAACCGAUCACAAGCCUCUGGUGUCCAUCUUCGGACCCCACCGGGGUAUACCAGAGGUGUCUGCAAAUCGCUUACAAAGAUAUGCACUAUUUCUUUCAAGUUAUAAUUAUGUAAUAGAAUAUGUCCGUAGCAGUGAUAAUUGUGCUGAUUAUCUAUCACGAGCGACACUCCCAGAACCGGUUGAAACGGGGGAGGGGUCGCGAGGCGCAGGGACAAACGGUGACGCACGAAUUGCAGCUAGUGCAGGCUCAGCGCGCGGCCGCAGAUGCUCCGCGGCCACAGCGCUUGACACUGCUGUUUACGUUAAUUUCGUCACAGAGGGGACGUUACCCGUCACUCUGGACCGGUUGCGCCGCGAAACUGAGAAUGACGCAACGCUUCGUAAAGUUAUGCAUCUUGUACGAGAAGGGUGGCCACCUAAAUUGAAUGAUAAAACAUUGAAACCUUAUUUUCUUUGUAGAUUUCACCUAUCUUUAGAAAAUGGCAUACUGAUGCGAGGGCAUAAAGUAAUUAUUCCAAAAGUUUUACAAAAUAAAGUGUUAGCCGAAUUGCAUAAUUCGCAUCUGGGAAUUGUUAAAGCCAAAUGUGAAGCAAGGUCGAAAUUUUGGUUUCCUGGCGUUGAUCAAGCGAUCGAGAAUUUAAUAAAAAAUUGCCCCACCUGCAGUGUGGACUUGCGCAUUUCCCCGCCACGUUCUAAACUGAUUCCGUGGCCAUAUCCUAAAGAACCAUUUUAUAGGAUUCAUAUGGAUUUUUUAGGCCCAAUUGAAAAUCAAAUGUAUUUAGUGAUUGUUGAUGCACAUUCAAAAUGGGUAGAAUGUAUCAAUAUGAAAAAUAACAUUACGACAACAGCUGUUAUUAAUAAAUUAUAUGAGUAUAUGUCACGUUUUGGAAUACCUCACACUAUUGUCACCGACAACGGCACGUCAUUUACAUCUGAAAAUUUUUCAAAGUUUUGCGCUUUGAACGGAAUUUCGCACAAAACCACACCUAUAUACCAUCCCGCCAGCAAUGGGCAGGCGGAAACGUACGUUAAAAUUGCAAAAAAGGGGAUUAAAAGUGCGUUAAUUACAGGGAAAAAUAACGAGGAUAGACAUAAUAAUUUGCUAAAAUACUUAUUUGAUUAUCGAAACUCUGUGCACACAACCACUUGUCAAUCUCCAGCGAUGCUAGUUUACGGUAGAAAACUUAGAUCUAGAUUGGAUAUGUUAAAGCCAACGCCCUCGGCCCCGCACACCGAUGUAUCUCACAUAGUUCGAAAAAAACAGUGCUUUCAGGCUAAUUACCACGGCGGCACCACAAGGAAAAACUUUAGUUGUGGUCAAGUAAUUAUGUAUAAAAAUUACACGAACAAAAACAAAUUUAAAUGGACACAAGGCAUAAUUAUCAAGCCAGUAGGGAACAUUAUGUUCGUGAUAAGGGAUUUAAUAACAAAAAAAGAAAUUGUACGUCACAAAAAUCAAAUAGUAUCUUCCAGUAGGAGUAAUGCCGAAAGCGACACAAGUCGUCAUUACGACUUUGACAGUAUUGCUCCACCGUCGAACAGCGAUAGUACCGCUAUGAGUAAUAAUGAGGAAGAGACUGUACCAAAUAACGAUGAGCAAACAGACUUGUCGUCAACUGUCUUAAGUCCGGUGCAACCGGAAGUACCAUCCGGAAGUUCAGAGACUCAGCAGGCAGCCUCCAUGCCCAGUCGUAAUGCUGGGCUAUCCAACAUAUUGUUGCGUAAUAUUCCGAGAGUGGACUAUAAAAAGUUUUUUUAG